UUUUAGUAAUAUAGAAAAAUAUUUGUGGCAUUUGCAAACAUUUCAUGGUUUCCAAAAUAGUGAUACAUUCAGGUGUACGAUAUGUAACAGCGCAUUCACAACUAAAAGUUCCUUUAAAAGGCAUCUUACAAAAGUUCACAGAGAAAUAUUUGUGGAAAAACAUUGCGGCUCCACGAAAAAAUUACCAAGUCAAAGUGAUUUUAGGAAUUUGGAAAAAAAUAUACUACACAAAAAAUAUGUACCUAAAGAGGUAUGCAUCGAGAGCCACUGUGAAGAGACUUCUGAUUCUGGAACAUUCGAUGAAGUACCAGUAAUAGAAAAUCUUUUUGAAAAUAAUUUAAAGUUUCAGACUGGUUUGUAUUCCAUAAAUAACUUAAGUCGAAAGGACGCUGAAAAUAUUCAGACUUCUCAAUACAAUCUUGUAAUUUUACCACUUCUAGACGUUUUCAAAAAAUUUGCUGGCAAAUUAGAUUUGGAUUCAAAGCAGGAAUUAUUUAAAACUAUUCGUUGUUGCAAUGAAGUUUUGAAUUCAAUAAAAUCUGAGUACUUAUUAACUAAAGAACUUAAAAAAAGAGAUUUGUGUGAAGAUUUAAACAUUUCUGUCAUUGACAAAAGCGGCGAGCUCAUUCACAAAAAAGGCAAUUUAACUUUCGCUGAAAAAGAGACCACAAUGGCAACGCUUUCCCUAAGACAUUCUUUCAAAAAAAUUCUUCAAAAAGAUAACUUAUUGUUAAAAAUGAUUGAUCAUAUGGAAUCUUUAAACAAAUCUUCGCAAUUUACCAACAUCGUGCAAGGAGAUAUGUGGAAAAAGAAGGCCGCUAUGUAUCCCAACCAACUUGUAAUUCCUUACUUUCUAUAUUCCGACGAUAUAGAAUUAAACAAUCCUUUGGGUGCACAUUCCACAACUCAUACCGUAACAAACUUUUACUUCUCUUUUCCUGUUUUACCAAAUGAAGAUACCAAAUUGGACCAUAUAUUUUUAGCGGCAUCAAUUAAAAGUAGUGACUUGCAAGUACAUGGAAUCGACAAGUGUUUGUUACCACUUGUUAACCAGUUAAUAGAUCUAGAAGUGGCAGGCAUUGAAAUCGAUUUAAACAACGGUAAAGUGUAUAAUCCUCACUUUUUGCCUUGUUUAAUUAUUGGUGAUAAUUUAGGUCUUAACACCAUAUUAGGCUACAGAAAAUCAUUUAGUGGUACAUUUUGCCGAUUAUGCAGAAUUGACAAAAAUAUGAGUAACGUAACAACGUCCGCUAUUCCAAGUCUUAAGAGGACAUAUGCAAAUUAUAGGCUUGACGUAAAUACCGGGGAUCCAUCUAAGACUGGCAUCGUAAGCGAAUGUGUAUUUAACAAAAUUCCGUCUUUCCAUGUUGUUGACAACUUGAGCGUAGAUGCAAUGCACGACGUUUUCGAAGGAAUUUGUCAUUAUGAUUUGUCUUUUGCCAUACUUUAUUUCACAAAUACCAAGAAAUAUUUCUCUUUGAAAACCCUUAAUGCUCGAAAACAAAAGUUCGAUUACGGGGAACUUGAAAUAGGAAAUAUUUCGCCCAAAAUUACUAUAACUCAUCUCAAAAAUCGCCAUUUAAAAAUGUCAGCAAAGGAAAUGAUGACGUUUUUAUUAUAUUUUCCAUUAAUUGUUGGUGAUAUGAUUCCAGACGAUGAUGAGGUGUGGAUAUUUAUUUUAACACUUAUACAAAUUGUAGAAAAAAUUCUCAAAUUUUCGGUUACGGAGUUUUCUAUAAGUUCUUUAGAAAAUCUAAUUGAAAAACAUAAUAAAGAUUUCAUUAGGCUUUUUAAAACUAAUUUGAAACCAAAAUAUCAUUUGUUAGUUCACUAUCCGGAAAUAAUAAGAAAAUGCGGACCUGUGCGGAAGUUCUGGAGUUUCCAAUUUGAGUCUAAACACCGCAGUUUUAAGUUGUACACACAUGCUAUAACUUCACGAAAAAACAUAUGUUUUUCAUUAGAGAAAAAAUAUCAGUUCACUUUUUCAAACUUUUUGCUAAACUCGUCUACAAGCAAUAAUCUUGUUGUUUUACAAAAAGAUUUAACCGUGUGUGAAUUAAAUGAUGAUAUAUGUGCUCAACUUAAAAUACCUAAAAGACAGUUAUAUUUUUAUAAUAAGGUUAUAUUACAAAACAUUGUAUACAAAAAGGAUCUUUUCGUUGCUGAAUGCGAAAUUGACUAUAAUAUUUAUAGAAUUAUAAAUGUAUUUUGUUUGGAUAACCAUAUUUAUAUAUUUGGUGAACGAUUUAAAGACGUUGUUUAUUGUAGCCAUUAUAGAGCUUUUGAGAUACACGUCAACAAAGUAGAGGGAGCCUUUGCGGUCAAUAUCAAAAAUCUUAUUGGACAUCCAACAACAGCCAUAAAAACCCAUACAGGAAAAUAUAUGAUAAGAAUAAAAGAGUUAUAUUAAUAUAUAUAAAAAUGGCAGCUAUUGAACAUCAAUUAGAAAUUCUACUCAAAAAAUGGAACUUACUACAUUUACUUUCCAACUUAAAAGAUGAAAAUAUAACGAUUGAUGUCUUACAAAUAAUUAACAGAAAACAUUUAGAGGAACUCACACGAAGAUUUAAAUUAGGAGACAAAAUAGUUUUUGAGUUUAAUAUUAAUAAAUGGAGAGAAGAAAUCGGAAAACCUAUUGAAAACGAAUAUUACUCAGACGUGGCCAAUAUUUCGUCUAUCUCACGGAAAUCUAGCUGUUCUGCUAUUACUUUAUCUCAAGAACCUCUGAAAGAACGCUUUGACUCCAAUACCUGUGUAAAACUGACGACAAUUUUGAACCAAAAUAAAAUUGGCAAAAGAAUUUUAGAGACCUAUAAAAAAUACGAACAUAUAAAUGAAGAUCAACGAAAUUUAAUAAUUACAACAAUAGCUAGUUAUUUUCAUGCAAAUGAGUUGCACAUGUCUUUACAAGAAAGCUAUAAUUUGGAAAAACAAAUAAUAGAAAUGUUUCCCAAUGAGAAACUCCAUUCUUACCGCACCGACAGACGUGGAAAGCUAUAUGUAAAAUACAACAAUAUGAAAAGAAAUCACAUUUAUCAGAAAGAUAGAGAUGUCAAUUCACCUAAGGCAUCCAAACCUGCAGAUUAUAUCGUUUCUGAAGAAAACGCCAAAGAAAUAAUUCAUAGUUUAAAAUACGAUAAUGUCGACCAAGAACAAUUUUUAAAAAUGUGGCAGUCAUGCGCAAAUUACCGAAUA